AAACGCCACAAAUGAUGUCUGACAACAAAAAAAAAAAAAAAAAACUUGUAUACAGCCUUAAUUCUGAUUACUGCAGUCCAAAGAAAAUGCAAUUUCACUUUUAUUAUUUUUUGAUACAAAAUUAAAGAUGGAUUCUUUAGCUGAAACAAAUGUUUUUCCGAUAAAGCCUGUUUGGAGCGCAAUCUGUACAAUUAUGUAUUUUCUAAGAAUUUUCACAAUGUUUUGGGACAACAAAAUUUGAAGAUGCAUCCUUUCAAACUUUUUUCUCAAAUGAAACUCAAUUUAGAGAUCAUGUACAAAUUGCUUUUUGGCACAAAAAUAAGCAAGACUGAAAAUAAGGUGCAGUAUGAUUUUUUUUUUUUUUUUUUAAUAAGUGGAGUUGACCUGAGUGUAUUUUGAGUAAUGUGACCGGUCAGUGCUCAGUUAAAUAUAGUUACAGUGCAUACGCGCGCGCACACACACACUCAUCACAACACAACAACAUGGCCGUCCUGAACCUUCGAAGGGAUUUUACUGUUAGAUAUUUUAUAUCGAAAGAGUAGAGACUAAUACUAGGACGAGCCACGUUGCUCGCAAGAACUCACCAACCAUCAUCCUACAAAAGGACACAAGCAAACGCCAAGAAGAAAUCCAAAGCGUGGACUUGAAAUCGGUAGCGAUGAAGGAUGAGGACGACGAGGAUGAAGACGACGCGGGCAUGCAGUAUAUGAUCCAACAAAGUCUGCUGGACGCCAGCCAACGCAAACAAGUCCGCACAAAUCCCGUAACAACACACAGCUCAAGCGGUGCAGACAGCAUCCCCGUAUUCACUGCGAUAAGGCAAGGCCGUGAGAAGCUGGUGGAGGAUCUGAGCGUCAACCACAAAGAAGUUUUCCGUCAGACGGACCCUCGAGGAUGGACGGCCCUCCACGAGGCUUCUGUCCAAAGCAACCAAACCAUCCUGGAGCUCACUUACGCAGCUUCAGGUGAUGACGCGGUGGAUCAGCAAACGAUGCGUGGCGAGACGCCACUCUUCCUGGCUGUUGAGCGAGGCUUCGUGGACAACGCCGACUUCCUACUGGGACACGGGGCCCGGCCCGACACGCAGAACCAGGACCAGGACUCACCGCUGCACAUAGCGGUCCGUUCGGGUUGCAUGGACCUGGCCCGGCGACUGCUCCGCGGGGGCGCGUCGGUUCUGUACGAGUCGUGCGCCAGCGGCGACGUGUCGUCGCUGACGCUGCUGCUGGAAUACGGCGCCGAUGCCAACGUGGCCAAGCAGAGCGGCCACCUGCCCAUACACCGCGCCGCGCACAGGGGCCAUCUGCACACCGCUCAGGCGGGACACCUGCAGGUGCUGGAGCUCCUCCUCAGGAAAGGAGCAGACGUGCUGUCUCAGGCUCAGGAUGAGGCGUCGGUGCUGUACGAGUCGUGCGCCAGCGGCGACGUGUCGUCGCUGACGCUGCUGCUGGAAUACGGCGCCGAUGCCAACGUGGCCAAGCAGAGCGGCCACCUGCCCAUACACCGCGCCGCGCACAGGGGCCAUCUGCAAGCUCUGAUGCUGCUGAUUCCUGUAACUUCCAUGGAGGACAUUUACAACAGUGGAAUGAGUCCAUUGCAUUCUGCAGCUGCUGGGGGGCAUGCGCACUGCAUCAAGGCUCUGCUGGACGCGGGUUUUGACCCCAACUACAUGUUGCAUCCGUGCGUGCGGCGCAGUUACGACGACGAGAGGAAGUCGGCGCUCUUCUUUGCCGUGUCCAAUAACGACGUCCCGUCAGCGCGCCUCCUUCUGGAGGCCGGCGCCAUGACCAACCAGGACCCCGUCAAGUGUCUGCAGGUGGCUCUACGUCUUGGCAACUACGAGUUGAUCAAAACGUUGCUGCGGUACGGCGCCAACGUCAACUUUUACUCCAGAGUCAACACCACGCACUUCCCCUCGGCCCUGCAGUACGCGCUCAACGACGAGGUGGUGGUGAGGAUGCUGUGUAACUAUGGUUACCAAGUGGAGCGUUGCUUCGACUGUCCCUAUGGCAGCAGGUCACACGUCCCCGAGGACUACGAGGGCUGGAGCAACACUGUCAUCAAAGACACCAUGUUCUGCGAGGUGAUCACAGUGUCGUGGCUGAAGCAUCUGUCUGGUCACUUGGUGCGGAUUCUGCUGGACUACGUGGAUCACGUGACCCUGUGCAGCAAACUGAAGGCGGCUGUGAUGGAGCAGCAGCAGUGGGGCGACAUCUGCAGGCUGCAAGAGAACGCCCGCUGCCUGCAGCAUCUGUGCCGCCUGCGCAUCCGCAUCUGCCUGGGCCGCCUGCGUCUGCGCUCGCCAGUCUUCAUGAGCUUCCUGCCGCUGCCGCCGCCACUCAAGGACUACAUCCUCUACCGCGAGUACGACCUGCACGGCCAACUGGACAACAAACACACGUGAUUCAGACAUUUGCUGCAAACCACACGCAGUCACCCGUCUAUUUAAAUGCCUGGAUUAGGGCUUUCGAGAUAUCUCCUGUUGGGUAUCAAUCAACACAGAAUUUCUUGUUU